AUGUACAAGAAGGCGCAAGCGUCGUUUUGGACAACAGAAGAGAUCAAUCUUUCGAAAGACAUGCACGACUGGACCAACCGGCUUAACGAAGGAGAAAAAAUGUUCAUAUCGCACGUCCUCGCCUUCUUCGCCGCCUCCGACGGCAUAGUCAAUGAGAAUCUCGUCGAGAGAUUCUGCGCCGACGUCCAGAUAGCGGAAGCUCGCUGCUUCUACGGAUUCCAGAUCAUGAUGGAGAACGUGCACUCCGAAACGUACUCCCUGCUGAUCGAGACAUACAUACGAGACCCUGGAGAGAAGAACAGGCUUUUCACGGCAAUCAACACGAUGCCAACUGUAGCAGAAAAGGCAGCGUGGGCCCAAAGGUGGAUCCGCGACGACGGUUCUUCAUUCGCAACGCGACUUGUUGCGUUUGCAGCCGUUGAGGGAAUAUUCUUCUCCGGCUCUUUCGCGGCUAUAUUCUGGCUGAAGAAACGCGGACUUAUGCCCGGACUUACCUUUUCUAACGAGCUUAUAAGCCGGGACGAAGGGCUCCACACAGAGUUCGCCUGCCUGCUGUUUUCAAAUCUCACCUCACGUCCGGCCGAAGACGUGGUGUCGGCAAUCCUGCGAGAGGCGGUGGAUAUUGAAAAGCGAUUCCUGUGCGAGGCGCUGCCAGUCGGCCUCAUUGGCAUAAACCGCGAUAUGAUGUGCACGUACAUCGAAUACGUGACUGACAGACUGUCUUGUGCGCUCGGAUACGAGAAGAUGUACGGAAGUGCCAAUCCGUUCGACUUCAUGGAGAUGAUCUCGAUCGAAGGCAAGACCAACUUCUUUGAGAAAAGAGUUUCAGAAUACGCGAGAAGGAAGCAGGAGCCGGAAAAGGAUAGGGACUCCUUGUAA